AUGAUCGAUUAUUGCUACCUCACAAUCCGUAAGUGGAUAACAAACUUUGUCCCUGAUGAAAACCCCAUCAAAAUUCUCACCGCUUGGGUUCGCAUACCAAAUCUAGCUGUUGAAUAUUUCGAUACUAAUUUUCUUAGCAAAAUUGGUUCCAAAAUUGGGAAGGUACUCCGAGUGGACAAAACAACGGCUCAAGCAGUGCGAGGUCAAUUCACGAGACUGAGUGUUGAAAUUGAUCUCACCAAACCCCUUCUUUCAAAAUUUUGGUUGAAAGGGAAAGUAUGGAGAGUACAAUAUGAAGGCAUUAGAUUGGUUUGCUACAAAUGUGGUGUUGCAGGGCAUAACGAUGAGAAAUGCCCUUCAAAUUCACCAAGUAUUAAUGAAGAAAUCAAUAACAUCAAUGACCACCUUGCCCAGACCUCGAUCAACACGAAUGAACAAGCAAAAUCGAAACCAGAAGAACAAGAAAACUUCUGGUCAUGGAUGCUAGUCAAAAAGCCGAUUCGCAAAAGAAAUCCAAGAGUAGACAAGGCAGGUCAAGUUGCCGGUCGGCCACCCAGUGGCGGUGAAAAGACAGCCGGGAAAACGACUACAUUGAAGGAACAUGCGAACUUCUCGAACCACCACGCAAAAUCCGAAAAUAUUUUGGAAAGUGGAUCGAGAUUCUCGGCUUUAGAGAAUCAAGAUAUUGUGGAUAUACCACCAAGAGAUCAAAAUCAAACCAACACCACAAAUCACGCCGAGAUUGGCGAUAUGAUUAUGGAAGGUGAUGAUUCUACGAUCCCCACUGUUGACUUAGGCAAGGACUCUCAAACUUCACCAUCUCAGAAUCAAAAGAUUCCCUCCUUUAAUUUAGGGAAGAAUCCGCAACAGCUAAGGAGACCCAUUGUUACUAAAACUACCUUGAGGGUUUAUCAAGAAAAGCAGAAAAUUUCAUCAAAGAAUCCCCUCGUACUUUAG